AUGUUCAAGAAAUCAUCAAGAGCAAAGAAUAUUCGUCGCAAGAUUGAAACAACAGACGAUGAACCUACUGAAGAAGUGGAUAUCAAAAAGACAAUCACUUCGACUCUCAAGAAGAAAAAGCAAUUGAAGAAACAAGUUAAUCCCCUCAGUUUUGAAGAUGAAGAACAACAAGAAUCAUUCCAAAUAAAAAAGAUAAAACCAAGUCGAACCAUUCAGCUACCAGAUAAUCUCGUCGAUGCUAUGGAUAUCGAUGUAAAAUCCAGUUAUGAUGAAACAAUGUUGAAUCAACUUAAAGCAGGUACACCUAAUUUACCUGCUUCUGUUCGAUCUUCUUUAAACAAGGAGGAUGCUUUGUUGCAUGAAAAGUUUCCUUCGAUGAAUGCACUCCCAUCUGCAUCAACAGGCAUUCCUGAUGCAAGUGCUAUUUUAGCUGCCAAGAAAAAGAGAGAACAGAUGCGAAAAGGAGGAUUCAAUGUAGUCGAAAACGAAGACGGUUUUAUACCCUUGGAUGAAGAAGAUAAUACAGGAUCUCGACUUGUAAGAGAAGAAGAUGAUAUAGCUGAUGAUGGUGAAGCAGAAUUCGAGAAAUAUGUAGGUGACAAGUAUGCUUUCAACAAGAGCACAGCCAAAAAGCAAGAAAGAGAACGCAGAGAAGGUGUAAGGGAAAUGAUUGAGGAAGCAGAAGAAGAGGACGAAGAAGAACAGUCUGAAGAUAUGGCAAGAUGGGAGAAUGAUAUGAUCAAGUACGGUGGUGUCAAGACAAAUCCAACAGGCAUGGAUCCUUACAGUACACCUGCUAAUUAUCGCCCUGCACAGAUUCCUGAGACUGCUGCAUUACCUACUUUGUCUGAUAUGAUGACAUCCAUGGAUUUGUCUAUCACCCAAAUCAAUGAAUCAAUACAACAUUAUGAGUCUAAUCUAGCAGAAUCACUCAAGACAAUUGAGAAUUCAACCCAAAUAGAAUCAGACCUGGAUAGACAGAUAGAGAAGAGUAGUGAAAGAUAUAACUAUUUCCAAGGAUUAGCACAGUUUGUGAAUGAUUUAGGUGAAUUUUUAGAUGCUAAAUUCCCUGAUCUUGAACAACUGGAAGCACAAGUACAUGAUAUCUUAGCUACAAGAACGGAUAUUGUCACCUCCCGUCGAUGGCAGCAUCAACUAGACGAUCUUUGUAUGUUCUAUAUUGUCAAAGAAGCAGAGAAAGAAGAAAUAGAUGAGUUUGGUCGUGUACGCAAUUCAGCAACAGCCCUUCAACGUCGUCAAUCAGAAAGACAAAAACGUAUGCAACGUUUAGUAGAAUCAGAAGGAGAUGAAGUCAUACGUGAACAAGGUCUAUUUACAGACGAUGAAAUGACUGAAGAAUAUGAGAUCAAGAGAGAUACACAACUACAAGACAUUCAGACCACAUCUAUUGAACAGCUAUUGUCUGAUGUGAGUCCUGAAUUCAGUUCAUUGCGUGCAGUCAAGGACAAAUUUGAAGCAUGGAAACUUGAUUUUACAGAAGACUAUGAAAAGGCCUUUGGUAGUCUAAGUUUACCUGGUGCAUUUGAAUUCUAUAUUCGUACAGAACUUGUCUCUUGGGAUCCCUUUUCAGAACCUAUGGAUUUAGAUGGGAUGCAAUGGCAUAGUGUAUUGUCUGAAUAUGGUGUAUCAAGAGAACAUGAAGAUCCUGAUGUCGACAUGCUAAACAAAGUGGUUGAAAAGACCAUCAUUAAGAAAGUCAAAUCCUUAUUAGACACACUUGAUGCAGCUUCUUCAAGACAAAUGAGAUACGCAGCACAAAUAGUCGAACAAAUAUCGUAUUAUGUAGAUACACACGAAAAGGCCUAUCAGGAUUUAACCAUGGAUAUUGUAGACACACUCGAUAAGCAAUUAUCUCGUUUUAUUGAGCCUAUUGCCACUGCUAUUCCCAAAUCGAACUUGGAUGAGGCAUCUAUACAAGCCAAACAUCGAUUCUUUUGGAGCCAAUGUAAAUACCUCAAGACAUUAAUGGUAUGGCGUAGACAUAUUCCCAAAAUACACCUGGAUAGACUAGGCAGUAUGGUCAUGGAUCGUGUUAUUACACCUAUUCUUAAGCCAGAGACAUAUCCUACUGACCUGCACCUUCAAAAUGAAGCUUUAUUGCUUUUAUCUCAUCUACAGAAAUAA